GGGAGGUUCCGGGCGGAGCGGGAGCUUCCGGGAGCGGCCGCGCUGAGGAGGAGGAGGAUGAAGAAGGAGCAGGUGGCGCACUGCCAGUUCUCCGUGUGGUACCCCCUCUUCAAGGCAGUCACCAUCCGCAGUGUUAUUCUUCCCCUGCCAGAGAAUGUGAAAGAGUAUUUGCUGGAUGAUGGAACACUGGUGGUUUCUGGAAGAGAAGAUCCACCAAGUCAUGCUCAGGAGGGGAGUGAUGAUGCAGAGGAGAUACAGUGGUCAGAUGAUGAGAACACUACAACACUUAAGGCACCAGAAUUUCCCGAGUUCACAGCUAAAGUUCAGGAAGCAAUAAGUUCCUUGGGUGGCAGUGUUUUUCCUAAACUCAACUGGAGUGCUCCAAGGGAUGCCUACUGGAUAGCAAUGAACAGCUCUCUGAAAUGUAAAGCUCUCAGUGACAUCUUCCUCCUCUUCAAGAGUUCAGAUUUCAUCACCCGUGACCUCACCCAGCCAUUUAUUCACUGUACUGAUGAUUCCCCUGAUCCUUCCUUGAACUAUGAGCUCGUUCUUCGCAAAUGGUGUGAACUAAUCCCUGGUGCAGAAUUCAGAUGCUUUGUCAAGGAAAAUGAGCUUUUAGGUAUAUCCCAGAGGGACUACACCCAGUACUACGAUCAUAUCUCUAAGCAGCACGAGGAGAUCUGUAGGUCCAUACAGGAGUUUUUCAAGAAACACAUACAAUACAAAUUCUUGGAUGAAGACUUUGUUUUUGAUGUGUACAGAGACAGCAGGGGUAAGAUUUGGUUAAUAGAUUUUAACCCCUUUGGUGAAGUAACAGACUCCCUGCUCUUUACAUGGGAAGAACUCACCUCUGGAAAAAACUUGAAAGGAGACCAGAGUGAAGGGGAAGCAACAGAACAGGAUUGCCCAGUGUUCCGCUGUACCAACAGCAAAGUCACCGUCCAGCCCAGCCCCUACCUGAGCUACCGACUGCCCAAGGACUUCGUGGACCUUUCCACAGGAGAGGACGUUCACAAAUUGAUUGACUUUCUAAAACUGAAAAGAAAUCAGCAAGAGGAUGACUGAGGUACCCAGAAGAAUUACAUUGAAUUACAAGCAAGAAAUGGGGCAAAAUCUGUAUUUAGCAUAACUAUUAAACUAUUGAUUUAAAGGAAA